GGUUGCGUCUUGCCCGAUACUCACCCACUGGCUGCCUCACGCCCUCGCCGCUCUUACCUCUCGCCCGCCGCCCUACCGCAGUGUCGAGCUGCCUCACAACCUCUCCUGCAGGAAUCUUGUCCCCGCCGUCGAGUGUGUGCUUUUCUGCCAUUCGGGAAUAACCGUGCAUGGGCAGCAGCAGUGAAGGCGGGCGGGCCGGGACCGCGGGUGACCCGUCGGCAAUGUGAAGAUGAAGGCCGCCCCCGCCCCGGCAGGGGACCCGCUCCCCUCACGCACGCCGGCUCCGUCAGCGCCACCGGGGGCCGCCCCUGGGGGAGGCGCGCCGCCCUCCAACACCGCCAGCACCGAUACUACCUCCACCAGCGGUAGUGGGAGCGAGGGCGGUGGGCGGUGGGCGGCGGCGAUUCUCCUCCUGACGCAUGUUGUAGAGCUGGCGGCCAUGGGUGCUGCCAUCCUCACCCGCAGCGUCCCCGAGACUCAGCUCGAGGCAGAGCCCUGGAGCGCGCCCUUCCUCCCCCUGCAGGUGACGGUGGCGGCCGCCCCGCUCGUCGUCAUCACGGCCAUCUCCCUCGUGUGGGCGGUGCGGGCGCAGGACUUCUCCGGCAGGGCCACGGCGCGGAUGCUGUGCUGGCUCCUGCACGUCCUGCAGGCGUCCAUCCUGUGGCGCUUUCUGAAGGUGCACCUGGCGUUCGACCCGAGUGACGUGGCCGAGCUGGGUACCCUGCGCUUCGUGCAGGUGCACGUGCACACGCUGCCCUUCCUGGUGGUGCACGUGGCCAUCAUCCUGGGCGGCGCGACGGCCCCGGGCGUGGCCAGCGUCCUGGUGGCGGCGGCCAUGGUGGUGUCCGUCGUGGUGGCCAUCGUCGUGUCCACCACCGCCUCCCACAGCUCGCGCCCUUCGUCCCUCACCCCGCCCACCAUCACGCAGGUCGCCCACAACCCCAUCCACGGCCAGGGCCCCGAGCACAACCACGACGCCGCCGCCCGCGUCGUGGUGGCCGUCACCGCCGCCUGCGUGCUGUGGAGCCGCGCCGUGGCCGUGGCCAUCCUCUUCUGCCUGCACGUGAGCUGGGCCAGCGUGCUGGUCCUCGUACACUGGCUGGGCGCCCUCGUGUGGCUCGGCCUGCAGGAGGAGCUCGAGCCGACGACGCUAGGGCCCUUCCGCAAGAUCCUGCGCCGCGCCUUCCUGGCGUACCUCCUGUUGUGGGAUUUCCACGUGUUCCGCGACGACGCCUCCGCCAUGACGGUGUGCGCCCGCCCGCGCCUCCCCGCCGCCUACUACACCAUCACGGCCAUCCAGAAUGUGGCGGUGACAGCCACGUGGUACAGCGCGGGGAAAGCCACCCUGCCUGUCAUCCGCACCGCCGCCAUCUCGUCCGUGCUGGCCGCCCAGGCCGUGGCAUUACUGCUCUUGGCGCUCUCCUACCUCUACUGCUCCUCGCUUCUGCCGUCGUGGCCUCGCAAUAAGGCCUCCGCCCUCGCCAGGACGGCCUCACUAGUCACCCCCUGCGCCAAGGUCGCCCCUCCAGCCACCCCGCCUGCGGACACCCCGGAGCACCACGACAACGGCUCCUACGUGGACUUCAAGGACGUAGAAGACGGCGUCGUGCCAGAAGUGAGCAAGGCCAAGGCGGAUCCGGAGGACCUGAGGGAGGUGGUUCUGACGCCCAUGAAGAGCCUUCCGCCCAUCGCCCACUCCACACCCCGCUCCCCGCUGCCCCUUGCCCCACGGCUCAUGGCCGCCCACCUGCCGCCCGCCAUGUUCAGCUUCUCCCACGACAUUCUCCCCCCUCGCCUGGCCAAGUCCGAGAGGUCGUCCACGGACAACGGGUCUUUCAACUCCCGCAACACAAACACACUCCCGCCGCAGCUGCCCCCGGAGUACGACCUGCUGCACAGGGCUCACGGUUCCUUCUCAGACAGCUUCAGUUCGCUGUCGUGCGGCACCAUCAACCGCGCGACCACCAGCGCCAGGGCCAUGGCCAGCCAGGACCCCCGCUCGUCGCGCACUCCGCCCCCGACGGCGAAGGUCUCCUUCGCCUCGCACACGUCCUGCAGGAACGGCUUCUGCCACUGCAAACUCUUCGACGGGAUCGAAGGGCCGUGCGACGUGGAGGAGGAGGAGGAGGAGGAAGAGGAGGAGGAGGGCGAGGUCGAGCAGCGGCGGGAAGCUCAGGCUGACCCGGGCCGAGCAGACGAGGCCGUCGAGUGCGACGUCGUGAGGCAGUGCCACGAGUACAAGACCAAGAUCCAGGCGUCCGGCGUGUCGCACAUCUUCAAGGCGCCGCCCGAGGCUGCCUGCGAGUCGGCGCCCCGCGUGGCUCUCGUGCGCGGUGUCCAGAGGUUCCGUGUGGUGUGCGCCGCCUGCCUUCACGCCCACGACCCGCUCCUCACCAGCUGCCUCGCCCACGCCUCCCCCCCAGAACCACCGGUGCUCUCAGGAUACCAAACGACGCCUUUGGCGCGGAGUCACGUGGCGCGAGGCUCCCUGAGCCGCUCCUGCGAGGGCUUGGGCGGAGGCUCGAGCACCGACUACCCGUCGGACACGGAGGUCACGGCCACGGCGGACACCCUGAGCUCGGCGUCCGCUGACUCCCACUCCACCUACACCACCUGGCCAGUGGGUCGGGGGCCCGGCAUGGCGCGGCUCCUCCAGCUGCACCCCGGAUCACACGACUACGUGACCGCGUGGCUCCGGCACCAGCAAGCCCGGGGACCGCGCGCCCCCCCACCCCCGCCGCCUCAGGGACCCCAUGAGUCAUCUCACUCUACCACCCCCGACCCCCCCACCCGUCGCCAGCGCCGCCUGCGCCGCCACCUGCCUCGCCCCCCGCGCCACAAGGACCCUCCGCCGCCGCACCUCCUGCAGGACCUGGAGACGGUAGUCUGAGGCUCGCCGCUCUCUCCGGGAGGCCUUCGGAGUGGAACACUAGUGGAGUCGUCGUGAGUGAGUGUUCCAACUGACUGAACAAAAAAAAAGAUAAAAAUACCAAAAGGUAUUCUAGGCUGUACAGUUCUUUUAGGGCGUCAACGCCUCCUAGGAUAAAGCGCUGGUCGGUCGCCGCCGCCGCAGAACUUGCAAUGAAUCCUGAGCGUUCGGCCUCGUCGCCAGAACCGAGUGACUGAAGAAGCGGUGUAGCGUAGUGUGCGAGUCGCGUGCAUCGGGUGUGCAACAGUACUGUUAAAGUCUCAGGGCGCGGACGGGUGGGAGCUGACACCGGCUCCACUGCUCACGGGGGCCCACCUCGCCCACCGCCGCCCACCCUUUCGCCCACCGGAUUGCUCCGGCUGGUACGACGAAGGGUGGGCGGCGGCGGCGCUGCGUUGGGCCUCCUGUCUACUGUAAGUCAUGUACAUACGCCCUUGGCUCGGCGCUCGAGCCCGGCCAUGAAUGACAGAUG